GUGGAUUAACAUCUCAAUUCUCGUAUAAAUGCGUUGCACACGUCUUGACCGUUCAGUUGUGGAAUAAUCUUUCAACUGUAAAGUCUGAGACUGUUAUCUGAGUCUAUCAAAUCAUCUCUUGGAAGAUGUCCAAAGUUCUGCUGCUUGCUCUCAUUGGCCUAAUGGCUGCGACACUUAUCACCGCUCGUUCCACUGAUAAACAGUCAGAAUGUCGUCUCGGUCGACACGGUGACCCCUGCGUCUCGGCGAGCCAGUGCUGUCCAGGUCUCAGGUGCCAUUCUUAUGCUGGCAGGUGCCAGGUAAUCAUCACUACUGAGGAAAUUCUGGCACAGCGAGAGAAAAUCUUAUCGAAGAAUAAAAACAAAAACAAGAGCCCAGCCCAGGGCGCCUAAUCCCAAUAAUCGUACUAUUAUGCUUUAAUAAUGAAUUCUCUCAUUAGAAUCUCAAUAACCAACUGCUUAAUCAACCGUUUGUCCAUCAAUCAGUUUUGUAUAAUGAACGAAAAUUAAUGUCCGGUUUACAUGAUAUUUAACGUUUAUUGUUACCAUUUUUGAUAUGAUUUAACGACGGAAAUUUAAUAUACAUAAUAUACAGGACUCGGAAAAUUGUGGAAAAACAACCGCUGACUCAGAUUUUGAGGUAGACAUAUGUUAAAUCAUCGGUUGGUGGACGGAAAAUUUCAAUUUUGGAAAAAUAAACGAUAAACAAACGA